CCUCUUGAUUUCCCUCCAAGGUUGAAAUGGACAAGAACCAUUUCUUUGGUUGCGUUGCGGUGUUAAUUUUCGAACGGUUAGGUGUCGGAUACGUCAGAUGGUAGGGCUCAUCGUGUGAGACAGACCAAUUGUGUGCCCAGUUCAAGGGUUUUUUUUUGUUCCACCGGAUUAGUGCUAAAUUUCCUUGCAGAUUAUGUGUGUUGAAUUUUAGUCGCAAUACUUUGAUCCUGGGUUCUGGUGAUUUAGAAUUAUGAUGGUAUCGAUAUUCCUUCUAGCAACAAUGUGUCUCAGUUCUGUUUUAUGACUAGUUUUGUUAGCAGUUUGCCUUUCCACUUUGUCUAAAAAUAUUCGCAUAAUACCGAUACAUAGAAGGUAUGGAGGAUGCCCAUUAGAGCAUGGUGGCGUCUCACGGCAGGAUGUUUGUGUGGGAGUUGAAUUGGACUGAGAAUGCUGGUAGAAUCAGCCCCUUGACAGCACUGUGAUGUUGGUAAACAAAAUCUUAAUAGAGAAAAGAUAAGGAGAUUUAGGUGCUAAUGAAUGUUCUGAGAAAUUCUAGUUCUAUAAAACUAAGUGGUGAUCUUUAGAUGAUAUCAAAAUAACUUUUCCUCAUAUUAAUCUAUCACAAAGAAAUUGUGGAACUUGCAAUUCCAUUGAAGAAAAUGAUGUGGCUUUCUAUUAAGAUAAAUGUUAAUUUCUCUAUAACUUAAUAUAAGACGUUUUUUGAUACUAUGACGGUGUCAAGAAACUUCUUAUAUUAAGUUACGGAGGGAGUACCUGUUUAGCAGCCAUGGUACCUCUGAGGCUGAGGUAACUCAGGAAACUCUGAGAUAAAUUAUGAUUAUUGACUUUGAAAGCUCCUGCAUUUGAAAAAAUAAUUCUCGAGUUGAAUUCUUGUAAUUUUAGUCUGCAGGUUGAGUACUCUAGGUUGCAUCCUUUUGUUAUGGUAUCUGAAAUUUUUGGUGUUCCGGAAUACAUUCACAGCCAAGUUGCUGCUUAGUUUAAUCUAGUUCUCCGAGCACUAAUUCGGAAGAUAGCACAACAUUUUUUUUAUGUAUUGGGAGGUUUGGUUGAACUGAUAUAUUGUUAGUUCGAUACAUUUUUCACAUAAUUUGGCAUGUUUGCUUGACAAUGGAUUUCUCAGGGGCGUGACACCUUUCAACACACACUAUACUGUGGAUUGCUACACUGCUGUGGUGUACUGCGAGAUCAUGUGUGCAUAUUUCUGGUGACUGUUUGAGGCAAGGCUCACAUAGUAAUAAACCAGAAGGCAGAAAACAACUGUUACAAACUUAUAUCUAUUUUGGUAUGUUUCAAUUUAUCUUGUGAUGGAAAACUUUAGUUGGUUCAGGUUUCCAUUCCUCCCCAUGCAACACCCGCUCAUUUGAUCACAUUGGAUAUUUCAGCAGAAGAGCAGUUGCCUGUUGUUACAAUGAGUCCACGCCCACCUGGUGGUUCAUUAAAUCGUAAGAAUUGUCCAAAUGAGCCGACAUCACUACCCAAUCCUGCGAAUUUUUGCCACCCGCAAUUUCCUCAGCAUAUGCAACUUUCACAACCGCCGUAUGCCAUGAAUAUCCCUUUCCACCAAUUCCCACAGCAACACCUAUACCCACCGAAUGUCCAGUACGUUGUUGUCCAACCACAAUAUGCUCCAUACUCUUUACCACCACGGAUGCCGCCUCCACUACCUGCUCUAGUUAUGCCGUCCACGUCAGCGUCUGAUUCAGGCACCCCACGUAUGGAAACUCGUCAAGAAGAACAAGACAUUGAUAUAGUCAAUGAUGAGACUGCUGAACCUGACCGGACUGCUAAGCGAUUACACUGGACAGAACAGGAGGACAUAAGGCUGAUACGUAUUUGGCUGAAUAGCCCGAAGAUCAAGAAGUAUGACGUGUACUGGGCGGAUGUUAUAGCAGCAUACAACAGCAACACCCCUAAAGAUAGGAGAAGGGAACCAGCACAUUUGAGGUGUCAUUGGCAUAAGAUGAUCCCAAAGAUUGCCCGCUUCGAUGAUUGCUGGUGCCAGGUCAAGGCAAAAUAUCCUAGUGGCCUGUCUGACAAUAUGCGGCUGAUGGACAAAACAUGGGUGAUGUUCAAUGCGGAAGCACGGGCGAUGUAUCUUGAGGAAGUAAAACGUCGUUUUGCUUAUAACCACUGCUGGAAAGUUGUCUGGGACCAACCCAAAUGGAAAUCCUACAUCUUGUCUUUGUCCUCCAGAAAAGCUAAGCUCUCUGAGUCUGGGGACUACACGUCAUCCUCUGAAGAUACUGAGGAUGACCCUGAAAAAGAGACAAGCGAAGAAGGUAGCGUCACUGCGAAGGAGAAAUAUGAAGGUAAAGGUGAGGUGGAAAAAGAUAUUCAAUGCUCACUGGAUCUUCAGAACAUGCUAAAGACUAAUCCAGGGGAGAUGACAGGGGUACAACUGCUGCAUGCAGAUCAAAAUCUUGAACCUUCCAGAAUAGAGCCGCCAGAAAGAAAGGACAAUGAAGCAUUAAUAUCAGAGAAGCAACCAGAAUUGUUGAUGACUGCUGCUUCGUGGUACAAUGAGUUUCUGCCUGGGAGUGAGCUGUUGGCUGGUAAUUCGAAGUCCAGCGAGUUGCAACAUGGGGGAGUAUCGAGAGAAGAUGAGCCCGAAAAAGGAACACUUAAACAGGGUUACAAGGCACCAGACCAUGAUAGAGCAACGGCCAUGGAAAACCUUCCUGAAAAGGACUGUACACAAGUCUUCAAGAAGCCAGAUCAUGGGAUAGCAGCGAGGGAAAAUCUUCCUGAAAGCAAAGCAGGUGUGCAAAGUUGCAAGGCGACAAAGCUCAAACGAAAACGCAAUGGCAAGGCGUUGCCUUGUUCGUCUGAGGUGCAGGAGGACAUCAAACGUGCAGUGGAUCUUCAGACCAUGCUUAUGAAGGAUCGGGAGAAGAUGUCAGAGGUACAGCUCCGUCUCUCGAAAGAGAAGCUUGAGUUCGCCAGACUAAAGCAACAGGAAGCAAAGGACAAGAAGGAAACAACACUUUACGAGAAGUAUUCAGAGCUGUUGAUGGCUGACACCUCCAGGUUCAGCGACUUUCAAAAGGCAGAGUAUGAGAAGGCGGUGAAGCGCAUGGGCGAGACGUUAUUUGGUAGAGAUGAUAGCUAGCAUUAAUCGUUGAUUUAGUAGGUUAUAUUAAACACUUCUGGUGAAGUACUAUCUUAUGGAGCACUAAUGUUGGAAUGUAGGUCAACGUUGUUAUACC